UGCAAUCCCUGAGCCCUCCCCGGGGGCGGGCCGGCCUUGGCCAUGGCCGUUCCCCCUUCCUCGGCCGCCGCCCCUCGCGGAGCGCUCCCGCGGGCCAUGGGCGAGCGCCGGGGCCCGGCGGCGCUGCAGGAGGCGGCGGGCCCGCAGCGGAGCUCAUCGAGUGCUGCUGAAAAUGGCCCUGACCUUGAUGAGGAGCCUCUACUCAGAAAAAAUUACCGCCGGUUCGUCAUCUUCCCCAUCCAGUACCCGGACAUAUGGAAGAUGUAUAAGCAGGCUCAGGCCUCCUUUUGGACAGCAGAAGAGGUUGAUUUGUCAAAGGAUCUUCCUCACUGGAACAAGCUGAAAGCAGAUGAAAAAUACUUUAUCUCUCAUGUUCUGGCAUUUUUUGCAGCCAGUGAUGGAAUUGUAAAUGAAAACCUGGUGGCACGUUUUAGUCAGGAGGUGCAGAUCCCAGAAGCUCGUUGUUUCUAUGGCUUUCAGAUUCUCAUUGAGAAUGUUCACUCAGAGAUGUACAGCUUGCUCAUAGACACCUACAUCAAGGAUCCCAAGAAAAGGGAUUUCUUGUUUAAUGCUAUUGAAACAAUGCCUUGUGUUAAGAAGAAAGCAGACUGGGCUCUGAAGUGGAUUGAAGACCGAGAAUCCACUUUUGGUGAGAGAGUGGUUGCCUUUGCUGCAGUGGAAGGCAUCUUUUUUUCGGGUUCCUUUGCUGCUAUAUUUUGGCUGAAGAAGAGGGGCCUGAUGCCUGGAUUGACUUUCUCCAAUGAACUUAUUAGCAGAGAUGAGGGUCUGCACUGUGAUUUUGCUUGUCUAAUGUUCCAUUAUUUAGUGAACAGACCAUCAGAGGAGCGAGUCCGUGAGAUCAUCGUUAAUGCUGUGGAAAUUGAGCAGGAGUUUCUAACUGAGGCAUUACCUGUGGGUCUGAUUGGAAUGAAUUGCACCUUAAUGAAACAAUACAUUGAAUUUGUUGCAGACCGACUACUAAUGGAGCUUGGAUUCUCAAAGGUCUUUCAUGCAGAAAAUCCUUUUGAUUUCAUGGAGAAUAUUUCUCUGGAAGGAAAAACAAAUUUCUUUGAGAAGCGAGUUUCAGAAUAUCAACGUUUUGCUGUUAUGGCAGAAACAAUGGACAAUGUCUUCACUCUGGAUGCAGAUUUUUGACAAACUGGCAAAUGAAUGGUGACUGUUUCCCUCUCCUCAUCUCCCUUUAUGCUGUGAAAUUAACUUAAUUUCCUCUCAUGGAAAUCAGAGUCUACUGGGAUAUUUUUCCUGGGUUUUCAUGUUGUUUGUCAGAGGAGUAAAUAUAUUUCUCUUUGUGUCAUUUGAAAAAAAAAGGGCAUCAUUUGUAAAAAAUUUAUAUGGCUUUGUAAAAGGAUGGCCUUUUUAUGAUUCCCUUGACUCAUCUGCUGUCAAUGCUGUCUUUAAAAACGACAUGGAUGGUACUAAUUUUUUAAGACCAGUAGUGUUUUAAGAAAGCAAACUACAUAUUUACCUCAAGUUAUGGUAUUUUAAAUCUGAAUACCAGAUGAGGUAACACUCCAUGUAAAAACCUUGCUAUAAAUUAUUUUCUUGUUUUCUGUUUUCUGUUUAUAGAUUUGGUCUAGAGUAAAAGCUGUUUCAUCCUGUUGCAGAUACAUUAAUAGUUGAAUGUGGGAAGACCCUAAUGAGGUCUGAACUAUAGAAUAUUAUUAAACCCCAGAAUUGAGUGUAAUCUCUCUGUUAACCUGGGUUUGUUCUGAAAAAAGUUUUACUCUGGUUGGAAAACUGAUGGGUCUUGGCAGGCAUUUGAUUGAAAUCCACCUGAUUAUUUUCUUAGAGCUGUUACUGAAUAGGUCAGUGGACUUUGGUCCCUGAAAAGGCACACCUGUUAACAGUGGAGAAAAACCACAUCCUGGAGUUCUUGGGCUUGUGCUGCCUGUUCUUCCUUACUGCACUGAUCAAGUGCCUUAUUAAGCAGUCUGUAGUUGUGUUUGUAAUCAUCUGACACUGAAACAGCCAGCUCUGGAUGUUGUCCAUCUCCCCCUGUCAUGCUAGGUGGUUUGAUAUUCUCCCCUUGUUGGUUGCACUUGUGCAUUGAAGGGGUGAGAAGAUGUCAUUCCUUGAGGUGCUACAAACAGACUACUCAGGCUGUAAGGAAGCACCCAGUAAUGUAUGAAGGUACAUCAAGUUGUGUUUGAUGUGAAUCAUUGGAACCACUGUCACAGAAGAGCUUCUGAAAGAUGUUAAACAUUUCAAAAACAAACCCAGACGUAGUACGGAGUAGCAGCACCUUACAAAGGACUGUUUAGUUUUUGAUUGUGUGGAUGAAAACUGUUUGUAAUUUUUUAAGACCACAUGCAGAGAGUGGGGUGAUUGAAGAGUGGCUAACAUGCUGCAGUGGUACUUGGGGUAGAAGGGAUUCUAUUCUGCUGUGCCUGGUUUAUCUGCUAAUAGAUAGGCUCUAUUUUUUCCAAGAUGAAGUGAGUUUACAAGAGCUAGACAAAGGGUUCUGCUUUAUUAAACCCGAGCAUUUUUCAUAAUGUUCAGCAAUCUGUGAAAGAGCUUUUGUAAGUCUUACUGUUUCAAACAUCUUGUGCUGCUUUUUAUUUACCUGCCAUGAGCUGAACUGACAGCCCAGGCUUAUCAGUGAUGGGGUGGUGUAAGUGUUAUUUCCCUGCCAGCCCAGAUCAGCCCUAGUCCUGGGUACCUGAGUUCCAUGAAACAGGCCCACUGCCUUAGCAUAGUUCCUAGUGGAGAACUGUCCCUGCAGUAAAAAUAAGCAGCAAAAUUGACUCUGUUUUUUUAGUCUCUGUAAAAGAUCAGGAGUAUGUCCUGAGCAUGGAAAGCAUUUUGGUUUUUUUUCCUGGAGAAGAGCCUGUAUCAUUUGACAUAAGGUACUUGGAAGAGGUCAAAGGGGAACAUUGAAAAUACAGAGAAAAGAUGGAACUGGUGGCCCUCACUAACAUCCUGGAACUGCAAGAGAACUGUGGACUCAGAGGGAAAACCCAGCACCUUUUGGAAAUACUGAUAGGGGAAAAAGUGAAAAUAUUGUAAAUGGAGUAAUGGAACCUAUUAUGUCACUGAAAGUACGAAGUAGCAUUUCUUUUGGUCUGAUCAAUUAUGAUGAGAGUAUGGAGAGUAUUCUAGUGUGAAACUGCAAUGAGCUCAGGUUCUGUAAAUGUAUAUGAGAUACCAAAGUCUAGUACACUGGCUCCCACUCAAUUUGUGUGUAAAAUAUGUGUGCAGCAUCAAUAAAAUUUGAGUGUGGGGAAGCCCAUGCCUUCAUUUACAA